AAAGUGGAAGAUAGUGCAAAGGGUUAGUCUUAAUAGUUAUGACUGUCAGAACUGUAAUACCUCAUAGACUCUACUUUAUUUAAUGAUAAUAAUAAUAAUAACUUCAUCUAAAACACUGCUUUGUGUACAGGGCGCGUCUGCAUCUCUAAAAGACUUUUUGGUGGUAAUUCACCUUUAUCCAGUGCGUUCAUAAACGCUACGCUGUCAGCGUCCAAUGAGCUCGGCAGCUGACCAACGGAACAGAACGACCCCGUCAUCUUGACUGCUGAACUACGAGUGGGAGCAGCUCGGACGAACAAUUGCAUAUUUUAAACCACUCGCCGCACUCAGACUUCUCUGGACAGCGUGUACAGUGGUUGACGGAAAAGAAGAUUGUUCUGUGGGGUUUUGGUAUUCGACUUUUGUAGCCCGUUUCCUGCUCAACGACAACUUUUGACAAAUCUAGCGUCUAAGCAAUAUGACAAUCAAGAUAACGAGAGCGCGCACUCUUCCAUUCUAGUGAAAAACAACAUAGAGACAGGAUGUUUACUCUAACUGAAGUUGCCUCCCUUAAUGACGUCCAGCCGAACUACCGUAUUCUGAAACCAUGGUGGGACGUGUUCAUGGAUUAUAUUGGGGUGAUAAUGUUGAUGUUAGCCAUCUUUUCGGGGACUAUGCAGUUGUCCAAAGACCAAGUGGCGUGUCUUCCCAUUCUUGAGGAAAGCACAAACUGCAACUUUACCCCCCCACCAAAAGGAGACGAUAUGGGGUCUCAACAAACAGGACGAAAAACAAAUCUGGACUUUCAGCAGUAUGUUUUUGUCAACCAAAUGUGCUACCAUGAGGCCCUACCAUGGUACAACAAAUACUUCCCUUACCUUGCCCUCAUACACACCAUAUUGCUGAUGGUAAGCAGCAAUUUUUGGUUCAAGUACCCAAAGACCAGCUCAAAGAUUGAACACUUUGUUUCAAUUUUGGGGCGGUGCUUUGAAUCACCAUGGACAACCAAAGCCUUGUCUGAAACCGCUUGUGAAGAUUCUGAGGAAAAGCAGAGGUUCACAGGUGGUGUGGUUUUCCAGAAACACGUAUCCUCGGAGGACAGCAGUCAGUCUACACCUUUGAUAGAAACUCCAACGGUGCAGUUUCCAACCGAAAAGCUUAUCGCAGAAGCUCCUAGCUUGACCACUUUAGAUAAAAAAGAUGGAGAACAAGCCAAGGCUCUUUUUGAGAAAGUGCGCAAAUUUCGGGUCCAUGUAGAAGACAGUGACUUCAUCUAUAAACUCUACGUGGCUCAGACAGCCAUAAAAGCACUAAAAAUCGUUUUGAUCUUGAGCUAUACAUCAACAUUUGCCUCAGAGAUCAGUUUCUGCCAUAAAUGCCAAGUUGAAAUCGAAAGUUUGACCGGGUAUAAUCAGUUCUGUUGCACACACAACAUGGCAUUCAUGUUGAGGAAACUUGUUUUCACUUUCAUGGCUCUGAUAUGUCUCUAUGGACUGUUGUGUUUGUAUAAGCUGUACUGGCUCUUCAGGAGACCUCUUAAGGAGUACUCUUUUGAAAAAGUCAGAGAGGAAAGUAGCUUUAGUGAUAUUCCUGAUGUCAAAAAUGACUUUGCGUUUCUUCUACACAUGGUCGACCAGUACGACCAGUUGUACUCCAAACGAUUCGGUGUAUUUCUAUCGGAGGUUAGUGAGAACAAACUACGAGAAAUAAGCCUUAACCACGAGUGGACAUUCGAAAAACUACGUCAGCAUGUGAACUCCAAUGCUCAGGAUGAACAAGAACUUCACCUCUUUAUGCUGUCGGGACUCCCUAAUGCUGUAUUUGACCUCACCGACCUGGAAGUCCUCAAGUUAGAGCUUAUUCCUGAGGUCAGGAUUUCAGCCAAAGUUUCUCAGAUGACCAACCUACGGGAACUACAUCUGUAUCACUGCCCCGCUAAAGUCGAACAAACUGCUUUCACUUUUCUCCGCGACCAUCUGCGAUGCCUUCACAUUAAGUUUACUGAUGUUGCAGAAAUCCCACCGUGGAUUUAUAUGUUGAGGAGCCUUAAGGAACUGAACCUGAUUGGGAACUUGAGCUCUGAACACAACAAGAUGAUAGGUUUGGAGUCACUGAGAGAUCUGAGACACUUGAGGACGUUGUACCUCAAAAGCAAUCUCAACAAAAUACCAAAUAAUCUAACAGAACUCUCGCCGCAUCUCACCAAACUUAUGAUACACAAUGAUGGGACUAAGUUAACGGUAUUGAACAGCCUCAAGAAGAUAACCAGCCUGGUUGAUUUGGAGCUCCAGAAUUGUGAUUUGGAGAGGAUCCCCCAUGCCAUCUUUAGCUUGGCUAACUUGCAAGAACUGGAUUUGAAAAAUAAUAAUAUCCGGACCAUUGAGGAGAUCAUCAGCUUUCAGCACCUGAGAAGAUUGAUGUGCCUCAAGUUGUGGUACAACAAGAUCACUGCCAUUCCACCAUCAAUAGGCCUAGUAAAGAGUCUGGAGUCCCUCAUUAUCUGUCAGAAUAAACUGGAGACUCUUCCUCCAGCUCUAUUUAAUCUGCCCAAGCUGAGACACAUUGACCUCAGCCACAAUUUCAUCUCAAGUAUACCAGUGGAGGUUGGAUUCCUUCAGAAUCUUCAACAUUUCGCAAUCACAGAGAACAAGGUAGAAGUUUUGCCUAAUCAGCUGUUUAAAUGUUCCAAACUAAAGGUUUUAUGUGUGGGUCAUAACCGCAUCACUUCUGUACCAGAGGCGAUUGGGCAGUUAGUUCAGCUGUCUCAUCUUGAGCUCAAAGGGAACUGCUUAGAUUGCCUGCCUUUCCAGCUUGGCCAGUGUCGCCUUCUUCAGAGAAACCUUCUCUUCGUGGAGGAUCAUCUUUUCGACACACUGCCUCUUGAGGUCAAGGAAAGUAUCAGUAGUGACUAAUGGGCUGAUGGACAUUUCAGUUCUGUAGGCAUCUCCAGUAAUUUCUACAGGCCUGUCAUCAACAAUAUAGUCUGUAAAUGGGCCUCAAAGAUAGGAAGAAAAAAUACACCAGAAACGUUACAAACAACAGGUUUGUGCUUGCUUCUGUUUGCCAGUUAGAAGAUCUAUAUAGUUUACAUUAUGUUCUGUUAUACAUUUACAUAUGUAUGUUCUGUUAUUUACAUAUUUUUUUUGUUGGCAUAUUUAAUUUGCAGGCUUACGCAUAUUUUAAAGGGACAUUGCACCCAAAAAUGAAAGUUCUGUCAUUUACUUGUCAUUCCAAACC